AUGGCUCACAACAACUUCCUGCUCGCCACCGCCCUGCUGCGGCUCGCCGCCGCUCAGAAGCCCGCCGCCACCCCGGACACCUACCCUGAGCUUACCACAUACCGGUGCACAGUAGCCGGCGGCUGCAUCGAGGCGACCAAUUUUCUGGUUCUCGACUCCGACGCCCAUGGCGUCACCCAAGCCGACGGCGCCGCGUGCGGCUCCUGGGGCAGCGCGCCCAACGCGACAGCCUGCCCGACGGAGGAGGCGUGCGCCGAGAACUGCGCCAUGAACACCGUCAGCGACUACAGCACGGUCGGGGUGACGACCGACACGGACGCGGUGCGCAUGCAGCUCAUCGUCGGCGACAACGUCGUCUCGCCGCGGAUCUACCUUCUCGACGAGACCAAGGAGCAGUACGAGAUGGUCAAGUUCACGGGCGGCGAGUUCGCCUUCGACAUCGACGCCACCCACCUGCCCUGCGGCAUGAACAGCGCACUCUACCUCGGCGAGAUGCUGGCGGACGGCGGCAAGAGCGACUUGAACACCGGUGGCGCUGCUUGGGGGACUGGGUACUGCGAUGCGCAGUGCUACGUCACCCCGUUCAUCAACGGUGUCGGCAACAUCGAGGGCAAGGGCGCCUGCUGCAACGAAAUGGACAUCUGGGAAGCCAACGCGCGCGCGAACCAGAUCGCGCCGCACCCGUGCAACCAGACGGGCCCGUACCUCUGCGACGUGGACGCGGGCGAGUGCGGCGCCGAUGGCGUGUGCGACAAGAACGGCUGCGGGUGGAACCCGUACCGGCUCAACCAGCCGGACUACUACGGCGAGGGCGCGGGCUUCGACGUCGACACCACCAAGCCGUUCACCGUCGUCACGCAGUUCCCCGCCGACGCCGACGGCCAGCUGACCGAGAUCCACCGGCUGUACGUGCAGGACGGCGCCGUAAUCAAGGCCGAGGUCGUCCAGAAGGAGGGCGUGCCCGCCGUCGACUUCGAGAACGACGCGUACUGCAAUGCCACGGGCUCGACGAAGUUCAUGGAGCUUGGCGCGAUGGCCGCGAUGGGCGAUGCCUUGACCAGGGGCAUGGUGCUGACGUUCAGCAUUUGGUGGGAUGCAAGUGGUAACAUGUCGUGGCUGGAUGGCGCGGCGGAUGGUGCUGGCCCUUGCAAUGCGACGGAGGGAAACCCGGAUACGAUCACGGUCGUUGAACCGCACCCUGAAGUGACGUUUAGUAACUUGAAAUGGGGCGAGAUUGGCUCGACUUUCUCGUCGGCUGCGGCAAAUGCGACACGAAAUGCGACACAGAGUUAUCUAGGUAGACGUUUCUAUUAG